AUGAGUAUCGAGUCCAUUAUUGCAGCAACUGCAGUUGAUCCAGAAAUGCAAUCAGCGAUUGAAAGUAUCCAAUCGGGUGUCUGGGCAAAGCAUCAUCCCUUUUAUGCAGUGAGAGAAGAACUCGCUGUCACACCAAACAGUCUCUUGCUCCGUGCAAAUAAGUUGAUCAUUCCAACAAGGCUUAGAAAUGAAACCAUGACACAUGCCCACAAAGGUCAUCAGGGCAUUGUCAAAACAAAACAAGCCCUGAGGACGAAAGUGUGGUGGCCGCGAAUUGACAGAGAUGCGGAAGAGUUUAUUAAGCAUUGUCACGCAUGCCAGUCUCUCGGGCAUGGUGAUCCGCCACCGCCUUUUCAACAACACAAAUUGCCCUCCAAACCAUGGGAUAGACUUCACAUGGAUUUUUGCGGUCCAUUUCCCACGGGGGAAACACUUUUUGUUGUCAUUGAUUCAUAUUCAAAGUUCCCAGAAGUGGAAAUAAUGAAAUCCACUACUGUCAGCGCAGUCACGAAUCGCCUGGACAGAAUUUUCGCAGUUCAUGGCAUUCCCACUGAAAUCUACUCGGACAAUGGUCCACCGUUUGCUAGUGAUGCAGUGAAGAAAUUCAUGCGAAAUCGCGGAAUAAAUCACCGGCUUGUAACACCUUAUUGGCCACAGGCCAACGGGGAAGCCGAGUCGUUCAUGAAGCCCCUCGGUAAGGCUGUAAAAGCAGCGAAAAUGGAAGGAAAGGAUUGGAAAGAAAAGCUACAUGGUUUUCUGUUAGCUUACAGAACUACACCACACUGUACCACCGGGGUAGCACCAAGUCAACUGUUGUUCAAUCGCGAAGUUCGUACGAACAUGCCAACUUUUGUAAAAGAGGUGGAUAUUGAUUACAAGAUUUUACACGAACAGGCUAAGAUAAAUACGUCAGAGAAGCAGUCGAAAGCGCAGCAGUAUACAGAUAAAAGACGACGAGCUCGGAAAGCAAACAUCGAAGUAGGAAUGAAAGUUUUGGUGAAACAAGAACGAAAAAACAAAUUUAGUACUGUUUUCGAUCCAACACCUUUGACUGUAACGAAAGUUAAUGGCACAAAGAUAACCGCAGCGAGACACGAUCUCACUACCACCAGAAACGUAUCGCAUUUCAAAAGAUUUUACUCGAAAGACGAAAGUGCUGAUGAACAGGAAUGCGACGACAGCGCUAGCGAUGUAACGGACGAUGAAGAUAAUAACGAACAGCCACAAGAUAUUCCACGAAGGUAUCCGGCAAGAGUACGAAGAAGACCGCGGUUCUUGCGCGAAGAAACUUAACUGUUAAAAUAUUGGUACUAUUGUUUAGGUUGACAUUUAAACCAGAACUAUUGAAUUUUGGUCAUAAUUUAGGUGCAUGA